AUGGGGAGGGAAAAGAGCAAGCAGAGUGAAGAAGUGGAGGAAGCAGAAGGCAGCCCGACAGGACAGCAUAAAGAGCAAGAGCAAGAGCAAAGCAAGCAAGCAAGCAGCAAGCCGUCAAGCAGACAGACAGACACAGACAAGAAGAUGAAAUCCACAAGGAUGAUAAGAAACUGUAAGGAAGGAGGAAAAAAGCAGCCAAAAAACAGUGGAGCAUGA